AUGCGUCUUUCUUCGGUUCUCGUCGGGGUAUCUCUCCAAGCUCUCCAAGCAGCAGCUUUACCCGUUGGCAGCUCGGAGUCUCCCUUCACAUCUACCUCCCCGGCUCUUGCAAGCUCAACUGCCCCUCCUGUCUAUGACUGGAGCUCAGGUUACGAGUCUCAAUUCAUCAUCCACCCAUCUUGCAACUCCACCGAGCGCCAUGAGAUCACAUCUGGCCUCGAGCAAGCUGUGACCAUCGCAAAGCAUGCAAAGGAACAUAUCCUCAUCCACCGCAACAGCUCCAAGGUCUUCCAGAAGUACUUCGGACAAGGCCCAACCGGCCCUGUCAUCGGAUGGUUGGACAAGAUCGCCACCGCGAACCGUGCUGGUGUUAUAUUCCGCUGCGACGACCCAGAUAAGAACUGCGUAACCCAGGAUGGCUGGGCAGGACACCACAGAGGAUCCAACGCCACUUCGGAGACUGUCAUCUGCCCCCUCUCAUACACAACCCGUCGUCCCCUAACAGCCCUCUGCGCUCGUGGCUUUGACAUGGCAACGGGUCGCACCAACGACUACUGGGCCGCGGAUCUCAUGCACCGCCUAUACCACGUCCCGGCUGUCGGCGAAGAUGAAAUCGGCCACUACGCCGACGGGUACUCUGAGCUUCUGGAACUGGCGGUGGGCGCAAACCGCACCGACGCUGCGAGGAACAGCGCGUCGCUGUCGUAUUUCGCGCUUGAGGCGUAUGCGUAUGAUAUCUCGGUUCCGGGCGAGGGAUGUGCUGGCAAGGUGGUCGAGGAGGAACAUGAUCACGAUCAUGAUCACGAUGCGAGCGCGACUAGCUCUGCUGCUGGUGCUGCUGCCACGUCAGUUAAUCCAACGAGGGUUAUUCCUGUGUCCACGACUGCUGCUGCCCCGGUAGCUACAGCAACUGGAGGCGGAGCUGGAAAGGAGUGCCAUACUCAUGAUGAUGGAACGGAGCAUUGCACGUAGAUAAUUGUGGGAGGCCGCAUCGUCGUGCUAUAAUUGCACUUUGUCACGAGC